AUGUUAAAUAAUAACUUAGGUAUCUUAAUAUUUACGCUUUUUAUAUUUUGCACAGUUAGCAGAGCCAGUAUCCAUAAUGGUAUUCUGGGAGAGUUACCAUCGAGCUGUGCUGAAGCUUUAACAUAUUACAAAAACAGUGGUGUCUACCAACUUUAUUUACCAAAAUCAGGACUCAAGCCAUUCUAUGCGUAUUGUUUGAAAGAUCCAAACAAUGGCUCCGGUUGGACAAUUGUUCAAAGACGUCAGGAUGGUUCAAUGGAUUUCUUCUUAAAUUGGGUUGAUUAUAAAUACGGUUUUGGUAAUCUGGAAGGCGAAUACUUUAUUGGAUUGGAGAAGUUACAUGCCUUAACGAAUAAUGGGGUCCAGGAGUUAUGGUUUCAUUUAAAAGAUUUUGAAAAUGCAACUCGUAAUGCAUAUUAUAGCAGUUUUGCUAUUGAUGAUGAAAAUUCCAAAUACGCAAUAAAUAUGGUUGGUAAAUAUUCCGGUAAUGCAGGUGAUUCUUUCACAAUCCACGCUGGUGCAAAGUUCUCAACAAAAGAUAAUGAUAAUGAUACUUGGGAAAAAAAUUGUGCAGAAAUGUACACAGGGGGUUGGUGGUACAAGUCCUGCCAACAAAGUCAUUUAAAUGGACAGUAUUUACGUGGAGCGUAUGGCAAAGAUAAAACUGGACAAGGUAUUAACUGGAAUGCGUGGCAUGGUUAUUUUUAUUCGCUUCAAUACACCCACAUGGCAAUUCGACCUGUUAGUAGAUAAAUUUAUUAUCCAAGGUGUA